GAUGACGCUCUCCGCCUUCCGUCCAGCCCUGCACCGCGAGUGCCCCACCAGGGUCCCCGAUGCCCGGAUAUCAGGCGUUUCUCCUAUUGUCAUUAAUAACCUCCAAGUGUGAUCUAGCCAAAUUUAUGACUGGCCGAUACGAGCACGUGAUUCUUUUUAGGCGUCCCAUAUUUGGGCAAUGGAUAAAAAAAUGUUUUUUAAAAACCCACCUAUAAAUCGUUGUCAUUAUUAGGAUAAAACCCCAUGAACUUCAAAAGAGCUACAAAUCAAACGCAAACGCAAUAACAAUACCACACCGUUAUAACUGCUAUCUGUACAUAUUUUACAAUUAUCGUGUUACGUCAAAACUUUAAUGCAAUAAUUUAGUCCGUAUAAAUGCUUCCAUUUCGUUUCCUUAGCGUUUUUUCUUGAAAUGAGCUCUUACGUAGCCAACUCGUUGUUUAAGCAAACUCACGAUGCGUCAGCUUUCGCUUUGCACAACCAUGGCUACGGAUCUAACCCCGAACUCAACGUGUCCGGCUACAGUGGUUAUGGAGGGCAUGAUCACCGCGGGUCAUUUCCGUCCCCACGGUCCUCGAGUUCCAUUGGCAUGGGAGAGAUGAACGCUGUGCUGCGUGGCAAUCCUGGUGACCUUACACCACGGCCAGAGUCUUCCACAGGAGACGCUACCCAGAGACACCUCAUGAACGAGCAGACAAGCGGCCAGGGAUCUCUAAAUCUGGGACUGUAUCGUCGAAAACCCGUGACGGACUCAGAUUUGAGCGAAAUGCCCAUCCGCAAGACACAAACAGGAGAGAUCAAAGUCGGAACUUUGCAACCCGUCCAGCCAGUAACACUAGCAAACCAUUCGACUCAGCCACAAACCAGCGAGCAGCAACCACAAAUAUAUCCCUGGAUGACUAAACUACACAUGGGUCACGAGGCUGACGGCAAAAGGUCAAGGACGAGUUACACGCGCUACCAAACUCUGGAGUUGGAGAAAGAGUUCCAUUUCAACCGGUAUCUGACGCGUCGUAGGCGCAUCGAGAUCGCGCAUACGCUCUGUCUGAAUGAGAGGCAAAUCAAAAUCUGGUUCCAGAACCGACGAAUGAAGUGGAAGAAGGACUCAAAGCUUAAAAUGAAAGAGUCCAUCUAAAACAGGGGGGCAUUUUCAAACGAUAUCAACGUUUCUGUUUGAGAUGACAUUCAAAGACUCAUCACCACCCGUUUCCAAACCGUGACUUUUGUGAUGCGAUGUUUCAGUGUGAUAAUAAUGAACAUUCUUCGAUUAUGGAUCUGAUGAUGUAAUAUACCUGUCAUUUUGUUUGAAUAUUGUACUGUUUUAUUUUAUACCUUGGAAUAUGAACUUGUGCAACAGAGUCCUAUAGAACUUGUGAGAAUGUAAACGCUUGAAAUAGAUGAAUUAUAGAAAAUGUUACUUUAAUCAUUUUAACGUUUCAUCCCUUCCCCUCUUUUUCCUUAAAUUCAUUUCAUGUUGAAAGUUAUUGAUAUUAUCGUAUUCCUGCUGUACUAUCACCAUUGUUUUCUCCGUGAGUUUUCUAUUAAUUUAUAUAAAACACAACCACGAAAGCUAAAUUCAUUGUAGUUAGCCUACUCUUCAAACUUCUUGUAUAUUUCUGUUCUGUUCUGUUUUGUGUUUUUAUUUUAUUUUUAUCAGGCAUGUUUAAACAACCAGGGAUCUUAAGAUGUAACAGACACAUUUUAGUAAAUUGCGGGGACUAUAUCAUUCUCAAUGACGAUAUUGUAUUUGAAAUAUUCCACGUAAAAUUGUUGAUUUUGACAACAGUGUCGUAAGAUCAGUGAGAUACUCGUGCAAUCUAAAUAGUUUCGAUAAAACAUUAAACCUUACUAUACAUUUCGUAGUUAACAUCUAUACUGUGAAUGGUUUCCUCAUAUGAAAGGUAUAUUGGAAUACAUAACUUGCCAGUCGGCAGGAGAUUCAUAUUUGGGGGAAUUUGGCUUGAUUGUUGACUAAGAUCUGACUCAAUGUGCCAAGUAUGAUCACGGGAUGAGUUUUUUUUAGCCUCAGCAUUACAUUUGUGACAAAUCAUUAUUAACAAUUUUGAAUAUAUUUUGUAAAACACGAAAAAUGCAUGUAAUAGAGGAUUUCUGCUGAGAAUUGGGCAAUACAUGGACCAGUGUUCUGGUCAUCCUACAUUUCCGGCAAAUGUCCCAUUAUUUUGGAACAUGGAAAAAUAUACAUUAAUUUGCCCAAUGUUUGAAAGUGAAGAACACAGAACAGGCCACCAACUAAGGUGAGAUGUUGAGUUCACAUAAAUGUUGUCAUGAGGCAGGAGGCUCAUGUCCACAAUGAGUAGCUAACAAUUAAACAAUGUCCUUCUCACCCUCGUUUCCAACGUCUGCCACAAAACAGUGUUAUGUCAACCUUUUCUCAUACUCUGCAUGGUUAUAAUUGCUCACAAAGAAAACUUUGAAGGCCUUGUAGGUAAAACGAUUUCACAUAUUACAGUUCACAUUUUCUUGUCAAAUCCCUGUUUCACUUUGUGGAAAUAAUCAUGUAUUCAGUGGUAGAAUGGGGGUUGAUCCUCUGAAACAAAAUGCACUUGAAUUAUUUAAUGGCCUAUUCAUUCAUCUAGAACAGUUAUCACCAUGGUAGAGCCUAUACUUUAAAUUGCUCACCUUGUUAAGAUAGCUGAAGUUUUGUCUUUGAAGUGGACUGAAAUCUUGAGAAGAAAGGCAUUCGUUAAUGUUUGUGUUUUAAAUAAUGAAAUAAAGAUGGCUGAACAUGUGCUUCA